UACACAGUGUCUAUCGGCGUCGUUCACACUUCUUGAUUGCAAUGGCAUUAAUCUUGAAGCUACUGCUCCUAAUUGGCUUUGUCGCUGUACAGUCGAAGGACUGCAACUAUCGCUUUUGGAAGGCAAUAACCUGCGAGAAAAUUCAUUCUUUGGACCAACUGAAGAAAGGUAUUCAGGAAUGUAUUGAGUACGAUCAGGUGCCAAUUAAAGGUUUCUACCGGUUGGAGAUGGAAAAGAGUACGAUUGGGUUCCUUGAUCCCGACACGUUUAAAGGUUACGAACACGUGAAGAUUAUUCGGUUUCUUCUCACUAGUGUAUCAAAUAUACCCGAUGGCUGUUUUAAAAACCUAAAUCUAGAAACGCUUCAAAUUAGCUUUAGCACAGUAGACAAUAUUGAAAAUAAAGCGUUCGAAGGUAUGUUCAAUGUCAAAAGGUUUGUAAUUUAUGAAACCAAAGUGUCGCGCUUUUCCAAGGGUGCGUUUGCCGAUAUGCACGCUUUGGUCGAGCUCAAAUUGCUCAAUAUCGAGUUAGAGGAGCUGGAAGAGGGUGCCUUUGACAAUUCUCCAAACAUGGUCGAGCUGCAUCUUCAUGGAAACAAACUGGAAAAAGUUCCGAAGAACUUGCUUGCGAAGUUGUUGUUGCUGGAGACAGUUUAUCUUAGCGAAAACGCGUUGACCGUGCUAGACAGUGGCCUCCUCAAUGGGUUGACUAAGCUUCAAACGCUUCAUCUGGAGGGCAACCGUUUGGUGACGUUACCGCCGCAAAUAUUCAACGACCAAAGUUCUCUUACUGAACUGCAUUUGGAGAACAACGGCAUGAAAAAGAUCCCCGAUGGGCUCUUUGCAAAAUUACAAAAUCUGAGAGAUAUUUACCUUUCCGGAAACAAGUUUGAAAGUCUCCCAAGCGACAUUUUUCAAAGCAACCCACAGAUAAAGUCCAUUGAUCUUUCAGAUAACCAGCUAAGGCACCUGAAUGGAUUAUUCAAGAGACUUUCGAAGCUGAACCACGUUAGCUUAACCAAAAACAAGCUCUCAACAAUCCCUGACGGCACCUUCUCCGACUGUACCAAGUUGUUUGAAAUGGACUUCACUGAAAACGAAAUCGAGAAGAUUACACCUGGAAUUUUCACCGGUCUAAGAAGUCUAAAGAAGAUCAUUUUCGGAACAAACAGGGUGAGCGAAGUCGAACCCGGCUCAUUCAAUGGGCUAACUGAGCUUUACAAAUUGAACCUUAGGGACAAUAAGCUUAAGUCACUUCCGAGUGGGGUGUUUGACAAGAAUGUCAAGUUGGAAUGGCUGUAUCUGAGCGACAACGAGAUCGAGCAGUUGGACGAAGGAAUUUUCGACAAAUUAUCCGAACUAAAACGACUAUAUUUGGACAACAACAAGAUCCAGAAAUUCGAUUCCGGUAUUUUUAAAAAUUUAAAAAAGGUCGAAUUCAUGUACAUCGGCAGGAAUAAGCUGGACAGCAUAACGGCGAACAUGUUUGAAUGUUUAAGUUCCUUGACAGACCUGUACAUCAAGGAGAAUCCCAUUGAAACCGUAUCUUGCGACGCUUUCAAUGAUUUGGCAACCUUGGAGUCGCUGAGAAUGGAAAAUCUUAAUGUUGAGGAGUUUCCUUCAAAAUGUUUUUCGGGUUUGAAGAACGUGGUGUCUCUUACGAUUAGCAACUCCAAGUUAAAGCGGUUGAAUAAGGGGAUGUUCUUAGGGAUGGACAAGUUGAGGGCGCUGGUCCUAUCGGAGAACCACAUCGAGCAUUUCAAGGGGGAUGUGUUUGAAGGAUUGCAUGAACUUGCAACGUUAGAUCUUCAUCAAAAUCAGCUCUCAGAAAUCAAAAGGGAGAUGUUCACCGAAUUGCUAAAGCUCGACACGCUUACCUUGAGCAAUAACAAGAUCACGUCAAUCGACCCUAGUGCAUUCGAACUGCUUCCCAACUUAGCCGACCUGGACUUGAAAGAAAAUAAACUUCAACAAAUGAGGGGUGAUGAAUUCACCACCGCCCCGAACCUGAGCAUGUUACACCUUUCCGGGAACGACCUCACAAGUUUGCCAUCCGACAUCUUCAAACCACUAACGUCACUUUCAGCGUUAAUUCUAGUGUCAAACAAAUUGGGGACGUUACAGAAGGGUUCGAUACCCUCCAUACCCCAUCUGAAAUAUCUGAGGCUAGAUAAGAACGAAAUUGAUGAUAUCAAACCGGGUACGUUCGAGGACUUCGAGUCGCUUCUGAUCUUGGACUUGUCCAAAAACACCUUAAAGUAUAUCGACGGGGAAAUGUUCAAAGGGCUUACAAAACUGGACAAACUCGAGCUUAAGUACAAUGAAAUAGAAGACUUGAAUCCGGACGUCUUCAACAAUCUACCUCAAUUGACUCGUGUACGUCUAGAAGGCAACAAGAUCAGCGCCAACGUUAUGGAGGUCAUGAAGAAGAGGUUUCCUGAAAUAAAUCCCACGUUUUUUUAGUAGAAUCUAAUGUGUAAUUUUUCUGUUUAAUAAAACCUUCUC